AUGACGGCUGACAGACAGACCCACCCACAGACCCACUCACACCCCCACACACAGACACAGACGCGCAAGUCGGAUCUCUAUAGGGUUCUCGCUUACUCUGGAGGGACAUUACCUCGAAAUCCCAAACAGGGGUCUUUGAUGAAAUGGCGAUCGCUGACGGGAGCUUCUGAGCACGAAAAGAAAGUUAUCUACUUGGAGAAGCAGGACACCGAAACGUUUGGGUUUGAGAUCCAGACGUACGGAUUGCACCAUCGGAAUGAGAACGAGAUGGAAAUGUGUACAUUCGUGUGUCGGGUCCGAGAUAACAGUUCGGCCGAACUGGGGGGUCUCAAACGAGGAGACACACUGACCAGUAUCAACGGGGUCUGCGUCCAGGGAUUCCGACACCGAGACAUUGUGGAACUCAUCAAGUCAUCGGGAAACACCCUGAGCCUCGAGACUGUGUACGGGAGCUCUAUCAGACGGGCAGAGCUGGAGACUCGACUGCUGUACUUAAAGCAAACGCUGCAGGAAAAGUGGGAAGAGUACAGGUCACUGAUGAUUCAGGAGCAGAGACUUGUUCAUGGCAUCGUGUCAAACGACCCCAACAUUUACGACACGUUCGAGUCGGUGCGAGCGAGUGUGUUGGGGCCGGUGGGCGUGCCCGGCGUUGGGGGAGGCGGGGGUCUUGGGGGAGGAGGCAGAGGAGAAGGGGGCAGCAGCAGCAGUGGGGGGAGUUACCUGGGCUCGGUCGAGGACGAGGAACCCAUUUACCAGACGUGUGUGUUUGACUCCGGAGAUUCGGGGAGUGACGGGAGCGGAAGCGGGAAUAGGGUCCUCCCCCACAGGAGACCCCUGACCCGUAGCGCCAGCGCCAAGGUGGGGCACAGCGGGUUCUCGGCCCCGCCUGGCGGUGGGCAGCCGGCCUCCGGGACCCUCCCCCGAAAAUCCCGCAGGAAAAGCUUAAGGAAAAGGCUCCUCAAGUUCAUCCCCGGACUCAACCGGCCCGUGGAGGAGGAGGAGAGUUAUUUAUAAGCCCCGCCCCUGGCACAUUAGCCCCACCCUCAGCGGUGCCCUGACCCCGCCCUUGCUUUGGCUCCGCCCUCAGCCUUGUGUUUGGCCCCGCCUUGGCCCCCCAUCCUUGAGCCUCCAGCCCCAUCCCUAGC